UAUUAUGUUCUAAACUUCUAUCCGUGAUAUUAGCGUACUUGAUAUUGGCGAACUGUUAUAACAUUUAUUUAGUUGUUAUAUAAAUAUUAAGUUAAAAGUUGACAAUUCAUAGUGUCUGUUAAAUUCGUUAUUUAGUGACAAAAAUCAAAUCAAUGCAUAGCUGAUUACAAAUUAUUAUAGAAUAAAGAAGAAUGGCUACAACUACAAAAGAUUUUGUAACAAUAGCAAAUAUUAUCAAACAUGAAAUCAAAAAACGCAAGAAACAAAAAAAACUCAAAGAAAAUUCAAAAGAUGUUGAAGAGAAUAAUAUGUCAUUAGUAAAAAAGAUUGAAAAAAAAAUGAAGGAAAAAAAGGUUACUCAGUUAACCACCAAAUUACAUGACAAGAAAGCGAAGAAGCUUUAUACUACAAUUUGUGAUGACAACGACAAGUAUUUGAAUAAAAGUAAAACCGGGUCUACCGAAUUAAAUAAAAAUGAAUUAAUAAAUAGUAUUCCUGUUUCUAAUGCUUCAGAAGAUGAAAAAGAACUGUCAUUGUUAAAAAGUCCAUUAAAAAACACCAAGAAAAAGAAGAAAAAGUCGAAGAUGGCAAUGAAAGAAGAUACAGAGUUGUCAAAAUAUGAAUCUAUACAAAAAAAUCUUAAAAGUAUAGAAAACCUGAAAAAAAAUAUAUCAGAAGAGCAGUCAAAUGAGAUUUACCAUGAUUCCACUAUGAUAAACACUUCAAAAAUUUCAAAAGUCUACGAAGUAGUCAAGUACCCUUAUUUAUUUCAUAAGUUAUUAAAAAAUGAAAGGAAGGACCAGAAAAGAGCUGUUAAGGUGGAAAUAAGGACUCAUAAGGAAGAAAUGUUACCGCAAAAAUUGAAUAAACGACAGACGAUUGAUAUAGAAUAUUCGAAAAACUAUUCCCCUCAAUCAGUGGACAUGGAUUUGGAGACAUAUUAUGAUGGUAAUAAUUAUAUUAGCAAAGAUAGCGGAAUGAAAUUAGAAUUUUUUGAUUCUUGGGAUGAUCACACGUCAGAAAAUCGCACUAUGACCGACACAAGUACAUUGUAUUUUGACCAGUGUUGUAAUCAAACGUUGAACAACGUCAACGGUGUACACAGUCACGAUAAUGUUCCCCUUGGAAACACUCCUCUCCAGUGCGACGUUUGCUUUAGAACAUGUAUCAGUAAAUCUAAAUUAUAUGAACAUAAAAGAACGCAUACCGGUGAGAAACCGUAUGCUUGCGACGUUUGUGGCCUAUCUUUUUCGAAGCUAGGAAAUUUAGUUACACAUAAAAGAAAGCACACAGGUGAGAAACCAUAUACGUGCGAUGUUUGUGGCCGGUCAUUUUCGGAAAAAGGAACUUUGAUUGCACAUAAAAGAACACACACCGGUGAGAAACCAUAUGCUUGCAACGUUUGUGGCCGAUCUUUUUCGAAGAAAGGAAAUUUGCGUGUACAUUGUAGAAUACACAUAGGUGAAAAACCAUUCGAGUGCGGGCAGUGUGAAAAAAAGUUCUCAGUAAACGAUAAUCGUACGAAACAUAUACUAAGAAUCCAUACCAAAUGUUUUUAAAUUCUCUACUGUAGACGCCGUUAUAACCAAUAUCUCAAACAAUAAACAUACAAUCAUAAAUGAUAACGUCCUGUCAUCAAAUUAAAGGAAAACAACUAUGAAAACUCUAUCACUACAUUGGAAGCGUUUGAAUUCCUUUGAUCAAGACGGAAGACCUUACAGUUCUUACUGUCAAUGACAAUCGUUCGUAGUGAAUAAAAAUACAGCAGAAGUGGAUGGAAAUAUUUUUUACUCCAGAAGGUUUUUGUAUGCAGAGACCGAUUCGAUCAAAAUUAGAAAAUAUCAUAGUGUACAUAUUAUAUUUUGUUAUAAUUUUAUUUCUCAAUACUUAUCAUAUGAAAUCAAAAUAAAAUUCAGUUUGCAUAGAAUUAAGUUCUAUUUUUGUGUAAAUAUAGUAAUUAUAUCUACAUAUGGAUUACAGUUUAAUUAAUACAAAUCAAAAGUUGUGUAUAUGCAAA